AUGCAACAGCACCUGAUGCAGAUGCAGCCCAUGAUGGCUGGUUACUACCCCAGCAAUGUUACCUCUGAUCAUAUCCAGCAGUACUUGGACGAGAACAAAUCGUUGAUCCUGAAGAUAGUUGAAUCUCAAAACUCUGGAAAGCUCAGCGAGUGUGCCGAGAACCAGGCAAGGCUUCAACGUAACCUAAUGUACUUAGCUGCAAUAGCAGAUUCUCAGCCUCAACCUCCAAGCGUGCAUAGCCAGCAGUAUGGAUCUGGUGGUGGUGGGCUGAUUCAGGGAGAAGGAGGUGGAGGAGGAAGCAGCGGUCUCCAAAUGUUUCAGGGAGAGGCUGGUGGGUUUCAUGAGUUUGGUCGUGGGAAGUUGGAAACGGGAAGUGGUGAAGGCAGAGGAGGAAGCUCAGGGGAUGGUGGAGAGACCCUUAAUUACUUGAAGUCAUCAGAUGAUGGGAACUGA